CCGGGGCGCACGGCUUUUGAACGGCCGGCCGGUCCAGCUGCACUCUCUCCCCUCUGCUGCUGCAGCCUCAGGGGGAAUUAAAUUAUUUCAAAACAGCCUCACAAGAGGAGGUGUACUGUUGAACAAAAGCGAGGCUGACACAGGGGUAAGAAGAUGACGGCCGAGUUUUGGGACCCGCUGUAAGGACAGGAAGGAGACGACAUGGCAGUGCAUGUUUUCAAAUGCCUCCGCCGGCCUGGGCGCGAGAGCAACCAACAGGUAGUAUGAGCUUGAGUUUUGUCACGUUACCGUCUGAGUCAAAUGGCGGCAGGGGGAGUUCAAAGCCAACUGACUUGGCAGGCGUUUUUGGUUUGUGUGUGAGAGGUGAGUGCGUAGGACCACCCAGUGUUUUAACAGGCGAGUUAUGGAAUAUGAGGAGCCCGACGUGCCCCCCACUGACAACCCCAUAAAAAGAGCCCAGAUUGAAGUUAUUCCAUGUAAGAUCUGCGGAGAUAAGUCCUCUGGAGUGCAUUAUGGAGUCAUCACUUGUGAGGGCUGCAAGGGAUUUUUCCGGCGUAGCCAGCUGCCUACUGUGUCCUACUCCUGCUCCAGGCAGAAGAACUGUCAGAUCGACCGGGCCAGCCGCAACCGCUGCCAACACUGCCGUCUGCAGAAGUGCUUAGCACAAGGCAUGAGCAGAGAUGCCGUGAAGUUCGGACGGAUGUCCAAACGUCAGCGGGACUCUCUGAUCGCUGAAGUGGAGAAGCACCGACAGCAGCAGCAGCAGCAGCAGCAGCAGCAGCAGCAGCAGCAGCAGCAGCAGCAACAGCAGCUCCAAGGAGACGCCCCGUCUCUCUUGUCCUUCCCCGCCAAGGCCCGUCAAGACCGCUCUGCGCAGCUCCUUCAGCCCAUGUCCUCAGUCUACUCCUUCACCGGGGAGGCCGAGCUGUUGUCCUACACCGCUGAUGUUCACCCUUACCUGGUGUGCUCCCAGAGCGAGUCGCAGGUGUCGGGUAUGAUCUACCGAGGCUCUGCUGUGUCUCCCACAUCGAGAUCCCAGGGGAGGGAGGACAACAAUGGACACCCUGAAAUAAGAGGAUUUGACUCCAGACAGCCACCUCAUGAUCUGGUGACAAUUCAUCCCUACAACCCUCUGGAGGAUCCUUACAGCCUCUAUCCUCACUCUCUGAGAACCAUAGAUGAGCUGUGUGCGAGCAUUGUGCGCUCCCACAGAGAGACCAGUCAGUACAGAGUGGAGGAGUUGCAGGCUCUCAGAUGGAAACUGCUCGGCAGAGAGGAGAUCCAAGCCUACCAGAGCAAAUCGGUGGAUGAGAUGUGGCAGCACUGCGCCAUCCGACUCACUGAUGCCGUGCAGUAUGUGGUGGAGUUCGCAAAACACAUCCCAGGUUUUCGUAUGCUCAGCCAGAACGACCAGAUUGCUCUCCUGAAGACUGGCUCCAUGGAGGUGGUUCUGGUCAGGAUGUGUCGCUACUUCAACACAGAGAACAACACCGUCUUCUUCGAUGGGAAAUAUGCUGGGACUGAAGUCUUCAAGUCUUUGGCAUGUGGUGAUUUAAUCGCAGCAGUGUUUGACUUUGCUCACGGUAUGUGUGCUCUAAAGCUCACCGAGCAGCAGAUCUCUCUCUUCAGUGCUCUGGUGCUGAUCAACACAGAGCGCCCCUGUCUGGAGGACAGAAGCAGAGUUCAGCGAGUGCAAAGAAGCGUGGAGUUUGGACUCACACACAUUCUUCACAGAGACAACCAAGAAAGUCUAAUGCACAAGCUGUACCAGAGGAUGGCAGUGUUGCGUUCACUGUGCAGUUUGCACAUGGAGAAGCUGCGCUGGUUCAGUCAGCGCUAUCCGCUCACCGCUCACUCUCUGUUCCCUCCACUCUACAAGGAGCUGUUCGCCUGUGAGGCAGAGCUGCUGCCAGGGACCACUCACUGAUAUGAUUCAUUAGAAUAUGCAAAGACACACACACACACACACACACACACACACACACACACACACACACACACACACACAUUAUUUUAAGUCUCCUCAUUACUUCCUGCCAGAAUCUAUUUUUCUAAUAAUGAAAAUAAAUGAGAAAGCACAGUAAUUGUAGCGUGUUUAGUACUGUAUUACAUGAAUUUAGCAGAGCUUUUUUGGUAGAUUGUGUCAAACAUAAAUUUCAAUAUUUUGAUAGUUUAAAACUAUUUUGAUUAUUACAGGGAAACAUGCGUUUUGUUGUUGUUUGACAGCACAUUGUCCGUGGGGUACAGCAUUCAUUUUCUCUCAGGAUGUGCUACUACAGUGUACUACAGUGCAUUCGGACACAGAGAUUGACACCCAAAAUCUAUCUUUAGAGUACAAAAACACUGACUUUCAAUUAUUAUUUUUGUCCAAUUAUCUCUGAUGGUCCAGAGUGGCAACCAGUUAUUCCCAUAUCACAUUCACAUUUAAAGGUUAUUAUAUUGCAGAACAAGUAUUCCCUACAAAACAUAAAAUAUUGGUGUGUGACGAUUACAUAUUCAGUGUUUGACACACCCAGAAAACAAGAGACAACCUGCCUCUUUGUAUCUGUGUGUCUGUAGAGAAAUGUCUCUCCUCCUCGGGUCCAUGUUGUCACAGACCAUAAGUCGAACAAAGCAGCAAUACCUCUGAAAUGUUAUCCUUUUUGUUUCAAUAAAUCCUCACAGGCUUUUGUAUUCUUCAAACUUUGAAAAGAUGUUGCAUUACAUGUAGACAUUUAAUUAAAAUGUUGAGAGAUACAAUAGAAGUCUCUUCCUCUGUGUGCAAAUGUUCCUUUUUUCGCUCAGAUUAACUUUCUUAUUAUGAUUAUAUUUCUUCACAUAUCUUUAAAUAAAGCCAUGAGUAAAGAGUUAAUGAUGAGAGGUUUCAGCAUUAAGAUAUAGUCUUCCCUGUUCCCAGAACGGCUGAGUUUAUAAUGAACAUAUUUCUAUGUAAAUCUUCUAAUAAACUGCUGCGGCUCUGAUGUCAAGCAGAUGUGGUAACUUUAUUUGUCUUUUGACGGUGUAAUAUAAACAGUGUAAGAUUGAGACAUGCAAGAAAAUAAAUAAUCCUGUUAUGGUACGAUAAGAAAAGCAUCAACACAAAGGAAAUGUUAGUCACUGCGCGUGACCCUUCAGCACUGGAAAGUUAUUUGGUUGUCAAAAACUGUUGCUAACCAAGUUAAGAGGAAGCAAAUUAAAAGAGUGAGUCAAUUGGAUGUGGUAAAUAUGACACUUUUCCUACAAAAAGCCACAAAGAUGUUUUGUCAAAUGUAUCUCCUGUGUUUGACUGUUUUCUAAAACUUUCUAGAACUUUCUGAAUGCAGGGAUUUUUGCUUUCAUAUUUCAGUUUGGUUUGGAAAGACAUCAGGUAAACAAUUGUUGUUGUGAUGUUCUUUCUCGUAUGUUGAACAGAGGAAAACCACAGCACAACUUAAUUGACAUUUUCUCACUGGUGGCUGCUAUUGCACUCGUCAGUAAUCCCUAUUUUAAUUUCCUCUGCUGUGGUUUCUUCUGGGCUAAAAUACUUUUGCUGUUAUGGACCAGUAAAGUGUAAUUGAGCUAUAUAAAUAAACUAGACCUCACUUCUGAAGGUGACGGUAAACAGCCAGAAACAUGUUUGUUUGUUUUCU